UUCAAGGCGUCGCAUCCAGCUGUCCUUACCUGAUGUGAACUCUCUCUCUCGUGUAGACCAUCUUUAUAACCACCCGAGCCCUUGCCCCUCUUUGGUCUGCCUGCCAACAAUCAGGUGUUCUCGAGACAUUUCAUUAUCUUACCAGCAACCAGUUUGAACAUGGGCGACUUUCCUCUUCAGCAGCGCCAAAAAGUGCUCAAGGUGCUGAUCAUCUCCUUGAUCUUAGAUCUGAUUUCCUUCACCUUCAUCCUGCCCUUGUUCCCCAAGCUGCUUGAGUUCUACCGCAAUGUCGAGACCCAAUCCGAUUCCACCGUGCUGUCCCAAGUGCUCUACGGCCUGAACGCCUACAAAAACAGCUUCGAGAGGCCCAUCAACGACCGCUAUGACAUUGUCCUGCUCGGAGGCGCCCUGGGCUCGCUCUUCUCCCUCUGCCAGGCCAUUGUCUCUCCCAUCAUUGGCGCCUUGUCCGACAAAUAUGGCCGACGUACCGCCCUGCUCUGCUCCAUGUGCGGCAACAUUGCCUCCGUCGCCCUCUGGUGUGCUGCCACCGACUUUCGCACCUUUCUGGCCAGUCGGAUCGUGGGAGGAUUGAGUGAAGGUAAUGUCCAGCUUGCGCUUGCCAUAGCCACCGAUAUCUCGACCGACCAGGACCGCGGCAAGACCAUGGCUCUGGUGGGCGCUUGCUUCUCUGUCGCUUUCACUUUCGGCCCCGCCCUGGGCGCGUGGCUGUCCGGGAUCAACAGUGUCGCCGCGAACCCCUUUGCAACCGCUGCCGGCGUCUCGCUUGCCCUCAUUGUCACUGAGACCAUCUACCUCUACUAUGCCCUGCCUGAAACCCAUCACGCUCACCAGCCCAAGACGAAUGGCAGCAGCACGAAAGCGACCGAUAACAAUGCCCCGCUCGAGAAGCACACGAGAACCAACUCCCACCUGCUGCUGAACAUGACCCACUUUGCCUUCAUCCUCUUCUUCUCUGGCAUGGAGUUCUCCCUCCCCUUCAUGACCUACGACCUUUUCUCCUACGGCUCCAAGCAGUCCGGCAAGCUCCUCGGCUUCAUCGGCCUGGUCGCCUCGAUCCUGCAGGGAGGCGUGACCCGACGGAUGCACCCUCUACGCGUGGUGCAGCUGGGAGUCGUGUCAGCUGCCAUCGCCUUCUUCCUCCUUUCCAGGACAACAUCCGAGAAAGAGCUCUAUACCGCAGCAGCAUUACUGGCAGUGACGAGCUCGACGGUGGUCACGGGUCUGAACAGCCUGAGCAGCUUUGAAGCGAGCAAAGAUGAGCGAGGAGAAAAGUUGGGAAAUCAUCGGAGUUUUGGACAAGCAGGAAGAGCAUUGGGACCUUUGAUCUUCUGCACUCUAUACUGGUGGACAGGGAGAGAUACCGCAUACAUGAUUGGUGGCUCGGGCAUGGUUGCUGUAUGCGGACUCGUCUUUGGGGGGCUCAAGGCGCCCAAGGGACUGGAGGUCAAAAAGCCAGUGAAGGCAGCAAAAGCAGCGGUUGCGAAUGGCACCGCUCAGGCGAAUGGGAGCAUGAAGAAGGCAUGAUGAGAGAGAGAAAGACUGAUAGUGUAUAGUUGGUUUAAAUUCUUUGAUCGAUCCAUGUCGAUAUGCCGCUUCAUAUGCAAUAAUGCAACGCAAUGCGAUGCAACGCUCAAAAUGCAAGACCUGUGUCCCGCCACCCUCUUCCCGAACGCCAAAAGACCAAUCCCGACCACAGAUUCCAGCCGCUGUCGUCGUAUGCGCCAAAGCCCAAUAUUCGCAAGGGACUGAUGAUCAAAGGCUCAUACAACCAUACGCCCCCUCGGGCAAAAUCAUCCACCAGCAGUGGAGCAGUCCAGUAGAGCCAAAUCAUGGUCACAGCAAAAUUCCCCAUUCCUCUUAUCCACGACGGAAUCUUCUCUCUCCACCCUCUCGCCUUCAUGUAUCCCGCAAUUCCCGUCUGCACUAUGAUCCCCACAGCCUGCAACAUGAAGAAACUCCACGGCCCUCGCACCGGUCUCGUAUCUCCCAAUUGCGUCCAACUCCCACAAGCAUGUAAAAACCCUGAUAAUCCAAACGCUACCAUCACACCCACCAUUUUCCCCCUCGCAGUCUUUUUCUUUUUCUCCAUGUGUUGUUGCUGACCCCCGCACCAAAAUUCCAGUAUCCUCUCCGUCGGACACGUAAACGCAAACCGAAACGUCUGAUGCCAAAAACCUCCCCACCAACCCGCCAGACCAUGACGACAAAUUUGCGGGAAAAAAUUUCCGAAGAAAUCUACAGGGUUGAGAAGGGGUUCGCCGCGCAAACCGAGGAUUUGCGGGCGGAGAAUUUGACAGAAAAGUAGGGGGCUGAGGCGGAAGAUGGUGUUGAGUGCUAAAAGAAUUCCGAGGAGGCUGAGGAGUAGGCGGUAGGUUUGGAGGAUGAUGGGGGUUAGGAUUGUGUUGUUGUUUUGGGGAAGGAGAUGGUGGAGCCAUAAAGGGGGGCCGGAGUCGGUGUAGCCCCAGAAAUAGGGGUCGUGGUGCAUUAGAGUUUUGAUGAUGUCGAGAGCGAGGGAUUGGAGGAUUAGGCGGGGAAUGAUGUAUUGGAGAAGGUGGUGGCGAGAGGUGGUGAUGAAGCGAGUGAUGCCUGUGUAACUGACGGUUUUGAUCAGCUUUGGGUUGUUGUUGUUGCGGGUUGUCGAAGUCGAUGAGGGGGAAGUCAUGUCUUGUUCGUCCUCCUCGACGACGUCGUAGCCGAGAAGUUGCAGUUCAAUGUAUUUGGGUGGUUUGGGAAUUCCUGACGUUUGGAAAUUCCAACCUAUACCCCGGAAAUUGCAAAAGAGGUCCAUGAUCCAGUCGAGACGGGAGAGGAAGGGUUGGGUUGGGUAGGAUUGCCAGAAGACGGGGCCGGUUCGUUGACAAGGGAGUUGGGUUGCAUAGGCCUCUGAGGAUUGGAGUGCAGCUUUUCUGGCGAGUUUGUUUGCUUUUGCUGUUGCUGAUGCUGAUACUGAUGAUAAUGUCGUCUGCAGCUUUCCAUCGGAUUCCGGUCCGGUAACGGUUGUACCAUUUUGAUAUUGAAGAGCCUUGUGCAAUGCAGCUUCAUCUGCUCGUUCCAAGCGCUGAAAAUCUCUUUGACAAUCGUUGAAGAACAUUAAUGAGGCGAUCCAGAGCGUUCCCCAGGCGGAUACGAGUCCCACUCCAUAGGCAGCUGGUGCACUUCGUGCUUUCACGUUGAAAAUGGUCCAUGCGGAGAAGGCGACCAAGACGCCAAAUAUGGGAAAACGUAGCGCUUGGAGGGUCGGACUCUGUCGAUGAUCGAAGAGGAGAUAGACGAAACAGAGCAACGGUCCGAGUGUGGCCCAGGGAUAGAUGAAGGGGAAAUAUUCGCCCGAGUCAAUGUAGGCAUUGUAGCGUUGAUCGUAGUAGGCUUGGACUUGUCGUGGCGUUUCCAGACCUGGAGGGAGCAUUCUUG